UCCAGUACUGUAAACAGUGAUGACUGCAAUAAAACCUGGUGACUGUGGAAGUACAGUCAGCUUGCAGUCAGCUAAGACUCCCGUACACCAGCCAUGAUGAUGGUGCCUGCUCUGCUCUCUGCAGCGCUACUGCUGCUGCUUCCUGGGACUCUGACUGAACAAAGUGAAUCCAUUUCCAUUGAUGUGGUGGUGGAGAACAGCUUACUAGGCACCGCUCCUGUGACCUUCAGCACUCGUGUGGUUUACAGAGGCAUCCUACUGGGUGCAUUGAAGAGACUCAUGGACUCCAAUGCAAACUUUAAGUUCACCUACACAGAGGAUCCAAACUAUGGCCCGUACCUGGAGAGUGUGAACGGUGUGGCUGGAAGCAAUAAAGACCGUACAUACUGGGAGCUGCUGGUCAGGACUCCUUAUGGCAAAAUCAUAAGACCUGAUGUUGGUAUUGGAUGUUACAUUCCUGGUGCAAAUGAGCAAAUCAUUCUGAAAUUUACCAAGUGGUGAAGAUUCAGCAGCCACCGCACAUCAACAUGAGAUCAGAGCCAGUGUUGGAAUCGACUUUAUGACAGUGUAUUUCAUAUGUGAACAAACAGCAUGCAUCUGUGUUUAAUGUUGAGUGAAUAAAAUAUCUCUCCAUGUGUUGAUUUCAUUGGUUUGCAAUGGGAAAUGAACAUAAGCUAAUAAACAGUUGUCAACACUACUGACAAAGAAACA